CAGCAUAAAAAGCACAGCGCAUCCGGAAAAGAGUCAAAGACCAAACAUUUGAUGAAAGGAUGGAGCUUCUACGCACCUCUCUUGUUUUGCUCCUUGUCUUCUGUUUGCCUUGGCCAAGCGCCGGGAAAAUCUUCUCCACUCAUCUGGGAACACUAUGCAUCGAAGCCUGCGAGUCCCACGGUGGCGAGCACAAGUGCAAGACUAUUGACACAGAUGGAAAAUGCAAUACGAUGUACUGUUCACCUCAAGAAAACAUGGAUUACCAGGGACGGCAGUGCAGCGCCGACAGCGCCUGUCAGAAACAUGGACAGGACUACUACUGGUGCCAAAUUGAUUUAAUCCAUUGGGGAUACUGUGGGCAUGUGAUGGACCUCAAGAACCACUAUGGAUCUUACUACGGAGUGCCAUGCUACGACUACUGUGAAAAAAGACAUGAAGACUACUAUUGGUGCCACACUGCGAAGGGAUGGGAUUACUGCUCUCCCUCUGAAAACACAGAUUACAGGAACAAGCAGUGUAAAGAAGACAGUCCGUGUGAGAAACAGGGUAAAAACUACAACUGGUGCUGGCUCCAGGAGGGAGACUGGGGUUACUGUGGGCUUGUGGAGCCAAAGCUGUUGGUCUACUGGACUUUAUACGAUCACGUUUGCAUCGACGAAUGCCAGUAUUCUGAAUAUUAUGAUUACUAUUGGUGCCACACUGCCAACGGCUGGGACAACUGCUCUCCAGAGGUGGGUGUAACGUAUAAAGGCAAGCCCUGUCGCGCAGACCACUCCUGUGGCUCACACGGUUAUAGUUACAACUGGUGCUGGACCUCAGGGUCACAGUAUGAUUACUGCGGGCCCAUUGAAUCCGAAGAGUGCGCUUACGUCCAUCCUCCACAUCGCAGCCGGAGAGCUCCUCCCAAAAACAAGAAACAAGAAAAAGAAAUACUGAUAUGCACGAGGGACGACAAGCAUAACAAGAGAGUGACCACGUUUUCUGAAGUUCCUGUUGAUAACACACACGCUAGCGGUUUUGCUGAAACUAAUAAUGCGCUAAGAGCUCAGGCGAGCAAUAUAAUCGGUCAGUGGCAGAACUGGCACCUGAGGACCCAGGCUACGUCAGAACUGAUCACAGAAGGUAACGUCCGUAUUGAUAUGCAGGGCAUGGAAAUCCGCAACAACCAGCCGUACUACAACAUUCAAGUCCAGCUGAACCAGGGCCGAAACAGCCGCAGCACCAGCAUCUCUCAGGUCCUCGUGCCCGACGGAGUUCCGGCGCGCUACAUCCGCAGAGGCCUCCUGGAGAGCCUGAACCGCCGGGCCCGGAUCGCCAUUGAUGUAAACCAUGUGGAGCAACGUCAGUGUGGAAGCCAUAGCUCUUAAAUGUGCAGAGUAUUGUAGACCAAGCUGUAACGGCGCAGAAUAAACAACU